UUUGCGCCCCGCGCACUCAGCCGCGCGGGGCAAGGCCCUCAGCCCCGAGCCUCGAGCGAGAGCCGCAGUCAGCAGUCGAAAGCCGAGAGCCAACGGCCGACAUACAUCGCGUCACGCCUAGCGCUCGCGCCGUUUGCGUUACCGCCUCACUUUAAUAUAUUUGCAAGUAAAUACGCCCCACCUCUACUAACACUAUAGUUAGCGCCGCGCAGCCGUCGAGUGGACGGUUGUUUAUGUUGUUCCAAAAAAAAUUCAGACACCUUAAUCAGAACUUCCUGCUGAAAGUGUAUGUUUAGUGGCUGCUGUUAUUGGCCGGUUGUUGUCCGUCCGCGUGACUCACAGCACGGCAUAGUGCAUUCGGAGGCCAGUGGCUAGCAAACGAAUAUGAAGGCGGUGUUGUGGGUGGUGGUGCUGCAGUGCGCGGCGUGGCAGUGGCGCGGCGCCAGCGGCCACGGCCGUCUCAUCGAACCUCCCUCGCGCGCCUCCGCCUGGCGUUACGGCUUUGACACGCCGCACAACUACAACGACCACGAGCUUUACUGCGGCGGCUUUACGCGCCAGUGGAACAGAAACGGCGGCAAGUGCGGCGUGUGCGGCGACGCGUGGGAUACGCCGGCGCCGCGACCGCACGAGCUCGGCGGCCGCUUCGGGCGUGGUGUCAUCGUGCGCCGGUAUGCACCGCGCGACACCAUCCUCAUCAAAGUCGAGCUCACCGCCAGCCACAUGGGCUACUUCGAAUUCAGGGUCUGCGAAGAGCCAAAGGCGACCACACAGGAGUGUUUAGACAAGCACGUUUUGAAACUCGAUGAUCGAAACUCCACCAAAUACUACCCCAAGGAAGGGAACAAGAUCUACGAGAUGAAAUAUCACCUGCCCGAGGAGCUGGAGUGUUCGCACUGCGUGCUUCAGUGGAAGUAUAUAGCGGGCAACAACUGGGGCACGUGCGAGGACGGCAGUGGCGCCGUGGGCUGCGGUCCGCAGGAGGAGUUCCGCGCGUGCGCUGACAUCGCGAUCGGUGACCGCUUCGCAACCACUACGCGUCGGCCCAGGCCGACAUACGUGCCGCCGAGCAGGAAGCCCACCACGCCUCUGCCCGAGGAGUCCACCGGCGGUGCGUGGUACGGCGUUCUCAUUGCCGUCAUCACGCUGCUGGUGGCUCUCGCCGCGCUCGCCGGAAUCUACCUUUACUACUACAGCAGCGGCAUGAAGAUUAAGGCCCUGUUGAAGUGGGGGUCCGCGUCGCCCGCACCAGCACCCGUUCCUCCGCCGAGGCACAAGAAGUCAUCGAUUUCCAGGGACAAUCCCCCAGUUAUAUCCUCGCCGAAAAUUAUUUCUGAGGUGGGAUUCGAAACGGUGGAUCUCAGAGCCAAAUGAUGAAAGUUUUAACUGAAAACAACACUGCCACACGUGUGAUCAAGACGUAACGUGACGGUAUUUGGAUGCGACCACGGACAACGGCUGCAACCCUGUGGCCGUAGCAAAUUCUAAUACAUAGGUAUCAAUAAGAAACUUGUUUGAAGUGUAGUGUGUAGUAGUGUAGUCAGUCGAUGAUUCAUAAUUAUUUGUACCAGGAAUAAUAAAAUUUUACUGCUUGGAAAAUAAUAUUAUAAAAAAAA